AUGGCCGACACCAUCUUCGGCAGUGGGAAUGACCAGUGGGUUUGCCCCAAUGAUCGGCAGCUCGCCCUGCGAGCCAAGCUGCAGACGGGCUGGUCUGUGCACACCUACCAGACAGAGAAGCAGAGGAAGAGCCAGUGCCUCAGCCCUGCUGAGGUGGAGGCCAUCUUGCAGGUCAUCCAGAGGGCAGAGCGGCUGGACGUCAUGGAGCAGCAGAGAAUCGGACGGCUGGUGGAGCGGCUGGAGACCAUGAGGCGGAACGUGAUGGGGAAUGGCCUUUCCCAGUGUCUGCUCUGUGGGGAGGUACUAGGCUUCUUGGGCAGCUCAUCAGUGUUCUGCAAAGACUGCAGGAAGAAAGUCUGCACCAAAUGUGGGAUCGAGGCCUCCCCUGGCCAGAAGCGGCCUCUUUGGCUGUGUAAGAUCUGCAGCGAGCAGAGAGAGGUCUGGAAGAGGUCGGGGGCCUGGUUCUACAAAGGGCUCCCCAAGUACAUCCUGCCGCUGAAGACCCCCGGCCGGGCUGAUGACCCCCACUUCCGACCUCUGCCCAUGGAGCCCACCGAGCAAAAGCCCAGAAGCACUGAGACUAGUCGUGUCUACACGUGGGCCCGAGGGAGAGUGGUUUCCAGUGACAGUGACAGUGACUCAGAUCUCAGCGCCUCUAGCCUGGAGGACAGACUUCUGACAGGGGUCAGGGAGCCCACAGGUGCCAAGCCCUUCGGGGAAGCAGGUGGCAGCAUGGAGUCCCCCAAGAUGGGGCCCCCCCGCCAGUCCAGCCCCCUCUCCGGGAGCCAGAGCAGCCUGGCCAGUGAGACUGGGACCAGCUCUGCAGACCCGCAGGGCACCUCAGCCUGGCCAGACCCAAAGAGCCCCGGCAAAAGGCCUGCCUGGGCAAUUCCCCGUUGCUGACACGACCUCCCAACGCCCCGCCUGCCUGCCCCAGCAGAGACAUGUUUGGUGCACGGAGCAGACUUUGCAGUGGAGGAGUUCGAGAGAGAAAGCGAGCUGGGGGGGUCUGGUAAGCAGUCUGCAGCCCUCAGCUGGCCAGCCCUGUUGGACGUGACCUCCGACUCAACCAACCAGUGUUUGGGGGGCUGAGUCUCCUUCCCCCCACUCAGUGCCUUUCUGCCCCCUUUUUCCCUGGGAGCCUUCCUCCCUCCCCUCACCACAGCCAUCCCACUCAGCCCUGAUCUUUAUUUAUUGCCCUUCCCUUGCACCCUCCCCGUCUACCUCCAUAUUCAUUUUAAGUUUGGUCUUGUCUUGGGGUGGGCUGGAAGGGCCUGCAGACCAGCCUUAUGGGCCCUCCCGUAUGCACUGCAGCAUGCACUGGGCUGGGCUUUCUCUUAUUAAUGGAAGAAGAACCCAGUCCUGAACAUUGCCCUUCAAAGCUGAGCUUGGGCCCUAGAGAUGAGCAGUGGGUCCUAGAGGGUGCAGGGUGAGAAGCUUGCCCACCCUUCCGCCUCCCGAGGGCUCUGGAAGCAGGAUCAGCACCCUCCCUUGGCUCAAGAUUGGCUCAGGAGCUGCUGUCGAAUGCUGGCCCUUGCUUGGGUUUCUGGGGACCCCUCUGAUGGCCUCCCCAGGUUCUGCUCAGCCUCUCUCCAGCUCGUGGAGCCUGGAAGGGCUCUGGGGGAUACGGUGAAUUCCCUCAUUGAAGAGCAGUCUUCAGCUGCAUCCCCAGCUGGGGGACACGUCUCCCCUAAGCAUGAAAAAUAAUUCAGACAGUGAGCAAAUGCUUUUGGAAAACCCU